GGCACUAAUGCCAAUCUGCUCCCGUCUGGCCCUGGGGCCACACAGUAACGCUUCUGUCUUGUCGUCGUUGAGUUUAAGACGAUUGCUGGUCAUCCACGCCUUCACCGCAACACAACAAGAUUCAAGUCGUUGAAGCGCAUUCCUAGCCACUGCUGGGUCGGGGGAAAACUGUUCAGAAUCUGUGUAUCGUCCGCAAAGAACUGACGUCCCAUCUGAAAGCGCUCAAUUACCCGUCCAAGCUGUGAAGUAUAUACUGAAAAUAAUAAUGGACCCAGAACGGAUCCCUGUGGUAAGCCACACACCAGAGGAACUGCCUCAAAUCAAAUCAAAUCAGACUUUAUUGUCUGUCGAGGAGACCCAGGACGGAAAUUUUUCUUCGCUCACAAGGGCAGGCAUACAUACUCAUACAGACAUUUAAAACACAGAUAGGAGUAAAGAUAGAAGUAGUUUGGAUCUCCGUCAAAUGGUAGUGAAAUUCCAAUACUUUAAAUUUCUGUGUAUAGAUUAAAUAAAUGAGUCGGCAUCAUCCAUAUUAAAUGAGUUGGCAUUGCAACGAAAAGUCCGAACUCCAUUGUCUUCAUCCUCCUAGUACUAGUUUCUAUGUCAAGGCUGUGUUGAAUGUACUGACUGGGAUGACUUUAGAAGCAUGUUCUAAUCUGGACGACAGUAAACACCAUCUCUUCAUAUAUCUCCUUCUGUGUAGAUUGCACCAUUCCAUCAAAGAAAAGUGUUUGUGUUUUAUCAUAACAACAAACAACAAACAAAUCUGGGAACAUAGCGCACUAACAAUAUAGGGCACUAACAUGGCGCACUAACAAUGUAGGGUACUAACCAUGAACGUGUAUAUAAACGGGGAUAUAAGUUCGUGGCACUAACAACAUGGCGCACAAACAACAUCAGGCACGACCUGAUGAGAGCUAUCGUGUCACAUGUUGCUGCUUCACCCGUGACACUAUUUUAUCACUGACGUCACGGUGUGACACGUCACCGUCUGAUAACCACCGAGAGGAACUCUGGGAAUGGGUUAGCCAUCUUGAUGUUUUGCAUGGGUUCAUCUCUCAACAAAAUUUCCAAGAAAAUAAAGUCCGAAGAGAAUGGUUCCGGCUACAUUUGCCAACACCCUUUCUGCGAGGUGAGGUGGUUGUGGGGCAGCAACUCGUGCUCCUUUCUCUCCAUUGUAAUGUGUUCAACAACCAGCCUGAAAUUGUCUCUCUUGAUCUAACCCUUGCCCAGCUACAAGGGAGCACAGCAGAAACACGUCUACCACAACAUUCAGUCAAACAUUACCUCAACUUCCUCUUGUCGUCUUACCUGAGUUCUUCUGAACUUGUCAAGAGACGGCCAGUUACAAAACCGCAAUGUUGUAUCUGAUGGCAACACUCCCUUGCUAUGUACAAACGAUGCACAGCGACAAGCCGACGCGGAGGUCUUCAGUGGGCGAGAGCUGUUGGACUGUCUUCCAAGAUGCCAUCAUUAACGGACGGGUCGAGAUUUGCCAUGAAAUCUUGACCCCGCAGGCAUGCUCCCCACACUGCCCCCAAGUAGGAGACUUUCACGCCCGCACGAUGACCAGUCUCCAACUGGCCGGCUGCCUGGGCGCACUGUCCCCAAAGGAGCGUCUCGUGCACUUGGAUGCCAUCGCCUUCCGGAAGCUGCGCACGACAUCGCUGCACAUGGCGGCGCUGUAUCGCCGACCUCACUUCGUGCGGUUGUUACUGGAGCAGGGUGCUGACCCGCUUCAAGUGGACGGCUUCGGCAGGACCCCAGGGGCCGUGCUGCUUGAACACUGGCCGAGGGUCCAGUUGCCGUCACCAGCGGAUGACUGCCUGACCAUUAGGCCGCUCACCACCAGAGACCACAUCAGUGACACGACACUUCAGCUACAAGCCGGAAGUGACGGAAUAGGUGACCUGGAGGGACUCGUUUUCGACGUGCAUCACCAUGGAAACCGGGAGAUGGAGCUGUUCAAAACAAAGGUUAUGGUGUGGCGCUUACGGUCAGCAGAGUCGCUACAUUACCUGCUGGACCAUUGCCCUGACAUCAACCACAUCGCAGACCGAAGGCGGGCAGCCACGUUGCUGCACAUAGCCGCUCGCUACGAUCUCACUGAAGUCAUCGAGACGCUGGUGAAGGUGGGGAGACAGCGACUGAUGAGAGACAUCAACUCCAAGCAAGAAGACAACGACAGCAGCGUUGUUCACAGACGUGUAGCAGCGACAGCAGGCGGCGAGAUGCCAUGCGAAGGCGGAGCUGGCAAGAAGAGCAAGCAGUGGGACGACCACUCUAUCCGUCAGGAAACAACCAGACCCGGCCUCCUUGCUACCUUGAAAAUGAUGAGAAGAAGGGGAGACAAUGCAGCUGCAAGGGAGAAAAGUCUUUCAGCAGUAAGCUCUGCUGCUUCCGUCAUACUGGCCAGUGACUGCAAGUCAGCAGCUGCACAGCCAGAAGAGUGCAGCUGUCAGAGCCACGCACUAGCAGCCAAUGGCAGACUGGACCUUGAGGUGCGUAACGCCACGUGCAAGACGCCGCUGGCGGUGGCGGUGGACCGAGGCGCCAUCAACGCCGUGGUCUGUCUCCUCAAGCAUGGCGCCAGUUGCCUGGCUGUAGACUUGUAUGGCCGCUCAAUCUUACACUUCCUGUGCGAGCGCGACAUGACGUUUGAUCACGUGCUGUGUGACGUGCUGUCACGUGGAGUUGACAUCAACUGUACGGAUAAUGGCGGUAACACGCCUUUGCACACAGCAGCUCUCGUUGCCAGCGUGAGGAAAAUCGAGCUUCUGGUGCAGAGUGGCGCCUCGCUGGACACGCUCAACUUGGCGGGGAAGUCGCCUCUCUUUCUCGCCUUUAAUCGCAAAGACUCCUCGGCACGGGAGGUCAUUCUCCUGUUCUUACUUAGCAGCGUGGGCCUCCGACUACGCGAUAAGUUCCAGCGUUUGCCGCUGCUGCUGCAGCGCCCGGAGAACCAGACUUGUCUACAACUACUGGACGACAUGGCCCACAACUCAUUCACGCUCUUUCAUCGCUGCGUCAUCGCCGUUAGACGUCAGAUCGGCUUCGGCAAUCUGAUGAGUAUGGCGCACCACACUGACCUGCGGUGUCCCUAUUUCAUUCAGCUCACUGUCUUUGGACAAGAAGAGAGACGCAUUGUGACAUCAUUGUGUGUGUGACACUGCAGUGAGUGGUUUGUGGAUUCC